AAAUUAUUUAUAUAAUUUUUCUAUAUUUACAGGAAAACCCAAUGACUAUUCUUAUUCGAAUCAACAUGGAAACGGCGGUAAUGCUGGCGGCAACGGUUCAAACGCAGGCAGUGGCGGCGGUGCUGGAACGGGUAACGGUCUUGGCAACACGAUAGCCAAUGGUUCGAGUCAGAACGGCAGUCCCGGAAGUGGAGGCAACGGCGUCGUCAAUGGAAACGGUAUGGGCGUCUUAACAGGCGCAGGUAAUAACAGCGGCAGCAACGGCGGAGGCGGAAGUGCUGGUGGCGGCGGAGUUGGUGGUGGUGGCGUUGGUGGUGGUGGAACCGGUCGCACGAACUUUACCAAUAAGCAAUUGACGGAGCUCGAGAAAGAGUUCCACUUCAAUAAAUAUCUAACUCGUGCCAGAAGAAUCGAAAUCGCGGCUGCUCUGGGACUGAACGAGACGCAGGUGAAAAUCUGGUUUCAAAAUCGUCGCAUGAAGCAAAAGAAACGACUCAAAGAGGCUCAAGGAACAACAGGUGCCAACGGCCCUGGAGGUCUGGAGAACUGUGCCUUGGUAACAGACAGACUGAAUGUUCCAACAAUGGCACUUUGUAACGAGAGCAGAUGAUCUGAGCAAAGACAAUCACCAAGGCGUGAGAGAGACACAGAUAGAUAAACAGAGAGAAAGGGAGAGAGAGAGAAUGAGAGGGAGAGAGUGAGAGAGAGAGAGAGAGGUAGAGUGGAGUGAAAGAGAAAAGUGAUGAUGGUGGUGAUGUGAUGGCGGUGGUAAGAUGGCCGCCGCGAGAAGAGGGGAAACCAAAUGAAAGCGAAGUGGGGAGAGAGAUAUAAUAUGGAAAUUAGGAAGGGGAAGAAGAAGAAGAUGAAGAAAAAGAAGACGGAAGAAAUGUGUAUGUAUGUAUAUUCAGACUGAUAUAUACAAGUAAAAAAAGAAAAUUGGAAUUGUGGUGAGAAGAGGAAGGAAGGCCGCAAAGUAGAAAAGAAUGAGGUUAUUCAUGAAAAUGGUGAUUUAAGGGAAAGAAGGAAUAUAAAUAAAGAAAAAAAAGAAAGAAAAGAAUAUGUAAGAAAAAGAGUAAUUCUACAAAAA